AUGCAACAUGAUUCUAAUCUUUGUUCUUGGUUUUUUGCAUCUGUUGAUGGCUCGUUCAAGAACCAAAUUGUACAUUACAAAUCUGCUAUUCAAAUUUGGGACAAACUCCAUCAAAUAUUUGCUGAAACCACCAAAUCAAAAAUCAAGCAAUUAAGAACUCAGCUCAAGAAUGUCAAGAAGAACCCUCUCACCAUCAACCAGUAUCUUGCUACCAUCAAGAAACUUGUUGACUCUCUCACUGCUCUUGGGUAUGAUACCAAACUUGAACUCUUUACUAUUGGAGAGGUUGAAACUCUUCUUAUUUCUCAUGAAGAAACGCUUAAAAAGUUCAAACAACUUUCCAUUGGAUUAGCACAAGCUCAGUUAGCUCAAUCAAAAUUUUCCAAUCCAAGAUUUGCUGGAAGAACCUCUGGAGGACGAAGAGGUGCUCGUGGUGGAAGAUUUGCAUGCAGUGGAAGAAAUUCAUGGCAAUCAACAAAUCGUCUUUAUUUCCAAGUGUGUAAUCGUCCAGGCCAUUCCGCUUUACAAUGCUUCUAUCGAUUUGAUCAAGCAUACAAUGGAUACUCUUCAAAUUCAGCCAAUGCUGGUUCAUCUAAUCCACCUCCUCCUCCUUCCUCCUCUUUUUACCAGCCACAGUCUUACCUCACUUCCACCUCUUCCGCUGCUGACACUGCAUGGUAUCCUGAUACCGGUGCAAGCCAUCACCUCACACAUAAUUCUUCCAACCUUAUAUCUUCAGCUGAAUAUACUGGGCCUGAUUAA